AUGUUCUCUGUCAUUCUGAUGGACGCCUACCAUGAUGAACGUCCUGGGAUCCGCGUCGCCUAUACGAUGGGCGGCAACCUCCUCAAUCAACGGUGGAUGCACUUCCAGUCGCAUGUAUCCACAACUGCCGUUCACGAACUUCUCUCCGCUGACGACUGCGCCAUCAACACCACCUCGGAAGGGAGCAUGCAAAAGAGCAUGGAUCUCUUCUCGACUGCCUGCAAGACCUUUGGCCUGAUCAUCAACAUGGAGAAGACGGUUGUCAUAUACCGACCGUCACCGAACACCGACCACAAUGCGCCGCAACUCAGCGUGAACGACGCCCAACUGUAAGCCGUGGACAACUUCACACAUCUGGGCAGCACCGUCUUCCGCAGCAUCAAAAUCGACGACGAAGUUGCCCGCCGCAUUUCCAAAGUCAGCCAAGCAUUCGUCCGUCUGCAAAGCACAAUCUGGAACUGUCACUGUCUUCAGCUCAACAUAAAACUGAAAAUAUACGAGGACGUCAUCCUGCCGACGCUGCUGUAUGGAGCGGAGACCUGGACUGUCCAUAAAAUGCAGGCACGAAGACUAAAUUACUUCCACCUCAGCCGUCUUCGACAGAAACCAAGGCUGAGGUGGCAGGGCAGGAUUCCCGACACUGACGUAUUGGAGUGGAUGGGAAUUCUCAUCAUUUACGUCAUGCUGAGACCACUACAAUUGUGCCGGAGCGGCCACCUUGUGCGGUUGGACAGCAAGAAUAUACCCAAAGUACUCUUCUAUAGAGAUGUCGCUACGAGUUCCCGCCGCCAAGGAGGCCAAAUCAGUCGAUACAAGUACACUCUGAAGACCUUCCUGAAGCAUCUGAAGAUCAACCCGGCCAACUGGGAAGAGCUCGCUCGAGACUGA